GAAGAGCUAACUGCGAAAGGGAAGCCCAUGUCCAUAUUUAUCUUGAAGCUGAUUCUGCGAAUUAUUGCAUAAUGUUCAGGCUAGCGGUCAUUUUAUUACUGGCUAUCAUCGUGGUUUUCGCCCAGAGUGUAUCCGUUCUGGAGGAACCCAAUUUGGUGUCGGAAUGUCUGGCCUCCAAUAAUAUCAGCCAGGCCGAGUUCCAGGAACUCUGGGAUCGCAAGAGCUCCGAAGAGGAAGAUAUCGAGAACACCGAUAGAAGAUUUAAGUGCUUCGUCCAUUGCCUGGCUGAAUGGGGACAUAUGCUGGACUCCAAUGGCCACUUGGAUAUGGACUUGAUUGACCAAAAAGAACCCGUGAGUGAUGAACUUCGAGAGAUUCUCAACGACUGCAAGAAGAUACACGAUGAUGAGGAGGAUAAGUGUGAAUACGCAUUUAAGAUGUUGACUUGUCUGACAGAAAGCUUAGAGCAGAACGAUGAAGUCACCGAAGCGGUUAGAAAGGUGGGCGUAUCUACAAACAUAUUAAAUAAAUAAUAUUGCAAAAACUGGUUGAGCAACGCAAA